ACGACAUCAAUCAGUCGAGUUUUUCAGCAGGAAGAGCGCCGUGGCAGUGGAACACAUAAAUUUAUUAACGAACCCAGCUUAUGACCAAAUGAUGAGAAUCGCGCACAAAUAGCAGUAUUGCAAAAUAAGUAAAAACCAGAGAGCGAAGUUGGUGUGUCACAAUAACAAAUGCUCCUCCGCUGGCUGUUCGUGAUGAAAUUAUUUAUGAAAAAUAAAUGCAGAACUUCCCCCUGGAUGCUGGCCGCUCUGCUGCUGCUCCUGAACAUGGGUGGAACAUCCGCCUCCACCGAAGGCACAACCACGAAUGCAACAUGCAGACAUGCCACGGACAUGUGGGGAGACCCGGACCCCAACAUAUUCUACGUGUGCUCCACGGACGGACGACCGCUGCAGCUGGAGUGUCCGCCGGGUCGGGGAUUUUUCAGCGGUCUCGGCUUUCUGGGCUGCGUGCCCUACGGCCAGUGGCCGGCCUGCCGACCCUCGGAGGAGCAGGUGGCCACCGAGUUGUCAGCUGGCUGUGACAGGAACACGGGCCUCGUGCCAUCGCCCUGGGCCUCCCAGGAUCCCAAUCAAUUCUACCUGUGCCCCGGGUCAAAGGCCACACCUCUGCUGCUCAACUGCGCCGCGGGCAGGGGAUUCGUGGCCGGGUCCGAGGUGGCCGGCUGUGCGGACUGGCCCACAUGGCGCCGCCAGCUGCAGUGCGAGGCCUUCUACUGAUCCGCUCCAGCGGAACACCACAUGUACAUGCUAUUUCAAUAAUUGUCGACUAGCCCACCCGACCACCAGACUCGAAUCUUAUUUAACUUAUUGGGUGUAGAGUAGGCACUGCGCCAUUUGACUCACUAGUUCUAUCUGUAAAUAAAGUAAAAAGUUUCUAUUUAUUUCCGAUGUGGGUGUCUUUCGACUGAUGGACUUGUCGGCGGCACUGAUAGGGGAAGCGACUGAUUGAUAACAAAAUCAAUUUGGAAGAAAAGAAAGUCAAAAAAGGUUAUAUAUAUUCUUUUUGCGAAAUUCAGUUGGUGGCUAAUAACAUUUAUGUAU